AUGUCGAAGGCAGGCAGGCCAAAGUGGCAGGCCAGGCCUGGCCCCAAAGUUACCCAAGGCCCCAAGGCACUCCCCUCAUCACACGCUCCUCUCAUGCUCAUGCUGCUCAUCUCAGUGACUGCCACACUUGCUGCCCCUCUUAUGCAGCCUGGACGGAUGAGAAUGAAAGAGGGGCAAGGUCAGCCUUCCUUGCGCUUGAAUGAGAGAUGGUCGCUGGUUGCACCGUACGAGCGCUCUUUGCAUGCCCAUAAUCCGCGUAUUGUUACCCGGUUUGGCAGAACCAUAAUACUGCCCAAUUUGGGCAAAUGCGGCCGCCACGUAAUUUUGGCGGCUAGAUACGGAACACUAGCAGGGUUGGCACGGGCUAACGCAAGCUCGAACGGCGUGAGUUUCUACGGUAACCCUGUGUUAGGAAGUCUCGGCUACAUAUGCCUCAGUUUCGUACCCCGCGAUCCCGGCCUGACCACUGUGUGGUCCCUUCGCACUGCUGGUAUCAUUGGCGGAACACCGACACUCGAGGAUGGCUCUCAGAAAGCUUCCCGUGUCAUGCCCACCUGCUACCCAAGGGCACAGGUACGCAAGCUGAUAAACAGCCCUGUCGGAGAUGCCAUCAAAGUAGGUUUAAACCGAACCGAGGCUUGGACGGCCCCUCCAGAUCGACAGCGUCCCCCUCAUCCAAAGGCAAACCCCAUUCACGAAAGAGAGAAGACCAAAAUGACAAAAAAGCCUAGAUCAUCGGCUCCUUUCAUUUCACUUUCGAGUUUCGGAAACGCAUUUAGCCAUGCUCAUCCAGGCGAACCAGAGCAGAGGAUUGGUUCGUUCCAUCGAGAUGCACCUCCGGUCCGGUCAGAUCUGCCGCGUUCAAUCUCGGCCAGUCUUCCCUUUCAGGUUGGUGACCGGAUGAACCCGGUCACCCAUUUCAACCGACGGCCACUUCGCUUCGUACUUUGCUUCGCCGGCAACCCUUCCCUUAUCCGCGACGCUUGCACAACUGCCAAGAAACUUGCCCUGGCCUGCUGUGGCCUGCUGGUCUUCCGCACGUCGUUCAAUUCGAUGGUCUUCGCUUCCAUUACGCAACGAACGCGCAACGAAUUGGACGGGCUUCCUCGCGGACCUCGUGGGCUCCAGGCGCAUAGUCCGCAGGCUUGUCACCCGAGAAAUGAAGCGGCGAUGGUCGCGACCUUCCCGAAACAGCUUCAUGGGCGGACGCCGGGAAAACAUGACGGCGCCAUUGCAUCUCUGCAAAUUCUCUACCGGACCACUGGCCUCUUCGAGGCCGCACCUGCGACCCAAGACGCUAGAACGGCAUCGGAGACGUGGCAUCGACAAGCGUUGCGAGUCCCGCUGAUUGCUGUAGCCAAACAGGCAUCGGAUGUGAAAGAUCUUGUGGGCUACUGGAAAGUAUUUGCCGCUUCUCUUGGCUCUGAGUUCCGCAUAUGGUGCCGAGAGCAAUUCUCGUCCAUCCUAGGUAAGCACAAUGCGAUAGUCAGCUUGAGCGCCAGAUAUCUCCAAGCUUCCGCAUAUGCUUCCAACAGCAAAUGGCGGUACUUUUAG